CUCCGGCCGUGCAGAGGGCGCGCGUGCGGCGGGAAGCAGGGGCGGGGGCGGCGGCCGGGAGACGCCGCCAGGCAGAGGGCAGCGCGCACCUGGCCGACGCACGCGCCGUCCGUGCGGUCGCCGCCAGCUUAGCCCGAUGCGAGCGAGCCCCCGCGGGCCACCGGAGGGAGCAUGCGCACACCUGUCCCGCGGAGGCCUCCCGGGGAACUUUGAAAAGGCCAAGUACCUGGCCCAGAUCAUCGUGAUGGGUGUGCAGGUGGUAGGCAGAGCCUUUGCUCGGGCCCUGCGGCAGGAGUUUGCAGCCAGCCGGGCAGCAGCUGAUGCCCGAGGACGAGCUGGGCACCAGUCUGCAGCUGCAUCCAACCUUUCUGGCCUCAGCCUUCAGGAGGCCCAGCAGAUUCUCAACGUCUCCAAGCUGAGCCCCGAGGAGGUCCAGAAGAACUACGAACACCUGUUUAAGGUGAAUGAUAAAUCCGUGGGUGGCUCCUUCUACCUACAGUCCAAGGUUGUCCGUGCAAAGGAGCGCCUGGAUGAGGAACUCAGAAUCCAGGCCCAGGAGGAGAGAGAGAAAGGGCAGAUGCCCAAAACGUGAUUGCUUGGCUCCCCUCUCCCUGCCAUCUUUUAACUUAUAGCUUGGUAAUAAAUCUCUUCCACAUUU